CCGGUGAAUUUUUUUUUUGUUUUUUUUUUUCCUUUGGCAAGAAAUCAGCGGAACACCGAGCUGGCGACUCGACUCACAAAAGUCGGUAUUCGGACAGUUUUUCCCCUCUGUCCCGGAUCUGUGUGUUGGUGUAUUGAGCAGUGUAACAUCUGUUAGUUUGACUGGUUUGUUUUAUAGCCAGGCGAAGACAAAGGGUUUGGUGGAAUUUUACUUACGGCGACCUGGCUGCCUGGUGGCUGGCUAGCUGUGCUCGCUAAUCCCACCGAUAUCUUUUCUGGGCGCUCUCUCUCCGGUUCAGGAGUUUUUCUCCGACUCGUUUCUGCUUCGACUUGCGCUACGUUAUCAAAGACCAUCGCUUCGUUUCUAUCCAUUUCACCGUCCGGAACAUAAGCGAGCACUGCUAGCUAGCACGCUAGCUGACGGUACUUACCUUAGAGUCCCCCCGCACCCACCCCCACAGCGGUGAUCUCAUUUACCGGUGUCCGUCUCUCUGGCCGUCCGCCACUCUGGGCCUCGGUCGCUCUCCAUGGUCGUUACGGUAGUGUUGAGGCGAGUGGUAGGACCUCCAUUUCGCGGUACGCGGAGCAGUCCAGGAGAUUGCUCUGACUUGGUUGCUUUAUUUCGGCACACGCGGGCAGGCAGGCUAGGCUACAGGUAAUUUGGCGAAGUACUGUAAUCAGUCAUGGGACUGGCAUGUCACCUUUAGUCGCGGGUGCAAUAUUAACGAUAGAGCGAUCCGUAGAGAAAAGCGUCCCUCUUCUCGCGUUUCAGUUUGGCGAACAAGUGCAAGGAGCUGGUGGGACUAAGCUACACUCCGGAGCACCAUGUCGGAAGACAACAAUGUGGACAAAUGCAUUAAGGAGACGUCCAUCCUGGAGGAGUACAACAUCAACUGGACGCAGAAGUUGGGGGCGGGAAUCAGUGGACCCGUGAGGGUGUGUGUGAAGAAGUCCACACAGGAGCGCCUCGCACUGAAGAUCCUCAUCGACCGACCCAAGGCCCGCAAUGAGGUGAGACUGCACAUGAUGUGUGCGGCACAUCCCAACAUCGUUCAGAUCCUGGAGGUGUACGCUAACAGUGUGCAGUUUCCCCAUGAAUCCAGCCCCAGGGCGAGGUUGUUGAUCGUCAUGGAGAUGAUGGAGGGUGGAGAGCUGUUCCAUCGGAUCAGUCAGCACAGACACUUCACAGAGAAGAUGGCCAGUCAGGUCACCAAACAGAUCAGCCAGGCGCUGGAACACUGCCACAGGCUGAACAUCGCACACCGAGACCUGAAGCCCGAAAACCUGCUGUUUAAGGACAACUCCUUGGAUGCACCAGUAAAGUUAUGUGAUUUUGGAUUCGCCAAAAUCGACCAAGGUGACCUGAUGACCCCACAGUUCACCCCUUACUACGUAGCACCUCAGGUACUGGAGGCACAGAGGAGACACCAGAAAGAGAAAUCUGGAAUAAUACCUACCUCACCCACUCCAUACACCUACAACAAGAGCUGUGACCUGUGGUCGCUGGGCGUGAUCAUCUACGUGAUGCUGUGCGGCUACCCGCCCUUCUACUCCAAGCACCACAGCCGCACCAUCCCCAAGGACAUGCGCAAGAAGAUCAUGACCGGCAGCUUCGACUUCCCCGAGGACGAGUGGAGCCAGAUCUCCGAGAUGGCCAAGGACAUCGUUCGCAAGCUGCUGAAAGUGAAGCCCGAGGAGCGUUUGACGAUAGAGGGGGUGCUGUCUCACCCCUGGCUCAACUGCACAGAGGCGCUGGACAACGUGCUGCCGUCCGCCCAGAUGAUGAUGGACAAGGCUGUAGUAGCAGGGAUCCAGCAGGCCCAUGCAGAGCAGUUGGCUAACAUGCGGAUCCAGGACCUCAAUGUGAGCCUGAAGCCCCUCAACUCCGUCAACAACCCCAUCCUGCGGAAGAGGAAGCUGCUGGGCACUAAGCCGGGCGACGGCUUCUUCAUCCACGACCCCGAGAACGGAGGAGACAACGCCAACGUAGCGCUGGAGAAACUGCGUGACGUCAUAGCGCAGUGCAUCCUGCCCCAGGCUGGAGAGAACGAGGAUGAGAAGCUGAAUGAGGUGAUGCACGAGGCCUGGCGCUUCAACAGAGACUGCAAACUGCUGAGAGACGGACUGCAGGGCCUGAGCUGGGACGGAAGGGCUUUCUCAGAUAAAGUGGAUCGGCUGAAGUUGGCGGAAAUCGUAAAGCAGGCCAUCGAGGAGAAAACAAACUUACAGGACUGUCAAUAGCCAGUGCUGUGGCUCAUUUUCUACAAAAUUAUACAUGUUCUUAAAAUGAUCAACUUGUAAAGUUAAAAAAAAAUGUAUGUAAAUUUAAGUGCAGGACUUGAUGCAGUUUUUCAUGACCUUGCUUGCAAAACUAUUGUACAGCUGUAGAUAAUGUUGAAAGAGGACUUGUUGGUACUGUACUUUUUUUUUUAAUUUUUUUUUUUUACAAACAACCGUGAAGAACAAACGAAGCUUUUAUUUCCUUUCACCCUGCAAAAGCGAAGAAAGUUUAUCACGUGCCCGUGGGAAGGGGUGUCUGCCUUUGCACAAACUGCUUGCCUGAGCUGCCUGUUGUAGUUUUUAUUUUAUUUUAUUUUUUAUUUUAUUUUAUUUGAAGUACUUUAAUUAUCGUCCUUUUUAAUAAUGUGAUUCAUUUUAUUUAUUUUAAAAACUGAUUCCGUUAUUUUCAUUUUUUAUUUUUUACCAAAGUAGCCUCAGUCAGAGAUGCGAUCAUUUAAAGGAAGCCAGACCCCACACUUUUGACCCGCCGGCAAUAUUCCCACUCUUCUUCACCUGCAGGACGUCCCAUAGGGGGAAUAAGUCAACACCCCCCCCCCCCCCCCCCCCCUCAUCUUCCAGUCUUUAACUGUGCAAAUAAGCGUCCACAGUAGCAGACUCUCCUCACUGCUGUAAGCUCACUCAAGUUCUACAUAGUUUUUAGCUUUUAGUUCAAAGGAUAAUAAUCACAAUGUCUGCACAUGUAGCUUUUCGUUUUUUAAAAACGGCCAUGGGGACAGUGUCCUGGCUUUAGGGCUCAUGUUGGAGGGGAAUGUGCAGGACUGGAGGUGUGUGGUGCUGACAGCCCUUUGAUCCUGGAGAGGAGGGAAGAAGAGAGAAGACUCUGUCUCUGUUCCUGAGAGUUGUGCAGGUGGACUAAACAGAGAGAGAGAAGCAGAAACGCUUCCUGUGACACGUUUCCUUCUGGCCUCUCCCGCGCUUUAUUAUUUAAAGGUAGAGAAUUCCCCAGGAUUGCGUCUCCUGCGUUUGCGUCUCCUGUUUUUCUCUUUUUGGGUGGGCAAAGCUUGGUUCCUCGUCAGGCCAUUAGCCUCAGUCUGUCUCAGCCAAUCAGAGUCCAGCCUCUUGAAUUUAGUAAAAUCGUGCGCCUCUCGUUUGCGCUGAGUGCCUCGCCCCUUAAAACGUCUUUGAGCCGCUUCCCACUUCCUGCUUCCUGUUUCCUGCUUCCUGCCCCUUUUUGAAUUGGUGCCUCCAAAUCUGUCAAUCCCAAGACCCAUAGCAAGUAAGGCAGGUGGUGAAGUGAUCACCUGCGGCAGUAGUACGGCCAAUCAGAACUCCUUCCCUUUCCCUGCCCUGUUUAUCUACCACAUCCCACCACUCUUGUGAUCUUAGCUCAGGAUCGUCAUGGUAACAUGGCAUCAGCAACAAAAACAUCAAAGAAGUGUUUUUUAUUUUAAUUUUUUUCCAAUGCAACUUUGUUUUGUAUUGCGCCUUUUUACACUGACACAAAGGCUCUUCCUUAUUAACUUUGGUCAUCCCCACCCCCCACCCCCCCGGCAACGCCCCUGCCGCGGGAACUCCUCCGUUCACAGGUGGAGGUGGAACGCUGCAGUACUGUGUCCAACAUGGGCAAACGGUCACAUGGUCAAGAGUGCUCGCAGCCUGCUGGGUUCAAGAUACUUAACGCUGUAUUUAUUUUAUUUUUUAAUCAGAAAGUGCACAUCUUCCCUUGUUGAAAGGAGGCCCAGAUACACUUCUGCCGAUGAGACGUGCCUGUUGCUGUACGUCUGGACCACCGCGUUUGUUAAAUCCGCGGUCAUAGGGGCUGGGGCUGGGCCCUGGAAAUGCCUUGGUCGUAUGAACGUGCGUUUGUGCAGUUCCGACUCUGCUCCUGCUCCUUUUUACCGCACGGGAUUGAUUUGACGCCGCUCCCUCUCUCCUCCUGGAGCACAACUUAAGUUACGACUGCAGAUCUGUACCUCGAACAGUAUUUUUGUCCAACUCCCUCCGAAAUGUCAUAAAAUAUGCUGACUAUUUGUAUUAAAGGAAUUCCUUACGGCAAAG